CCACCACUCGUUACAAUGCGGGGGGGGGGGGGUCGCCAUCUCCCCCUCACCUCCUCACCCUCUUUCGGCGGCCAUUGUUGUUUCCUUUGUGGCUUGCGGAGCGGAGCGAAAAGUGGGAGAACGAACAGAACGGAAGGAGAGGAAGAAGGAGGCGGAAGGAACAAAAGUGGCAGCGGCGGUCGAAGGAGGCGGAAGGAGGGGAUGAGAGAGAGCGACGAAGGGAGAGAGAGAGACGCGUCAAAAAUUAAAAGGAGCAAAGUCGACCCUCGGAACGUUGGGCGGACGUUGGAGCCGGCUGCACCUCUUUCUCGACUGGAUACAUGAAGUACUGCUGUUUUCUCUGAGAAUGGGAUAGUCAUGUGAGAAAUUCCCACUACAUUGGAGCCUGGGAGGAAAGGUGUUUAGCAUCCACCACUUGUUGAAUCAAGGAAGAUGUUGUUACCACCCGUACACAUCAAGCUGGGUCUGAUGAAGAACUUUGUCAAAGCCACGGACAAAACACAUCUAAAAUAUUGAAGACCAGUGUACUGAGUGUCUGACGCUUCCUCUGCAGACUUGGUCUGAUGGAGCAGAGGGACUCAGCGCAGUUCGUUGCAACAAGGCCACAAUGCGACCAGUAUGCAAACAGCACGGAUCGUUCUGGAAACUUGACACAACACCAGAGAACACACACAGGAGAGAAACCCUUCAAUUGCACUCUAUGCCAGAAGGCGUUUGCAGGGUCAUCAGCUCUUAAGAUCCACCAGAGAACACACACAGGAGAGAAACCCUUCAAGUGCAGUCUGUGCGGGAAGGCGUUUGCACAGUCACCACAUUUUCAAAGACACCAGAGAACACAUACAGGAGAGAAACCCUUCAAGUGCAGUCUGUGCGGGAAGGCGUUUGCACAGGCACCACAUUUUCAAAGACACCAGAGAACACACACAGGAGAGAAACCCUUCACGUGCAGUGUUUGUGGGAAGGCAUUUUCAUGUUCAUCUACUCUCAAAAAACACCAGAGAACACACACAGGAGAGAAACCCUUCAAGUGCAGUGUUUGUGGGAAGGCAUUUUCAGGUUCAUCUACUUUUAAAACUCACCAGAGAACACACACAGGAGAGAAACCCUUCAAGUGCACUGUGUGUGGGAAGGCGUUUUCACAGUCAUUUACUGUUGUAAUUCACCAGAGAAAGCACACAGGAGAGAAACCCUUCAAGUGCAGUGUUUGUGGGAAGGCAUUUUCAGAUUCAUCUACUCUUAAAAGUCACCAGAGAACACACACAGGAGAGAAACCCUUCAAGUGCAGUGUGUGUGGUAAUGCAUUUUCAGAUUCAUCUACUCUUAAAAAUCACCAGAGAACACACACAGGAGAGACACCCUUCAAGUGCAGUGUGUGUGGGAAGGCAUUUUCAGGUUUAUCUACUCUUAAAAAUCACCAGAGAACACACACAGGAGAGAAACCCUUCAAGUGCACUCUGUGCGGGAAAGCGUUUUCACAGUCAUUUACUGUUGUAUUGCACCAGAGAAAACACACAGGAGAGAAACCCUUCAAGUGCGGCAUUUGUGGUAAGGCAUUUUCAAAUGCAUUUUCUCUUAAAAUACACCAGAGAACACACACAGGAGAGAAACCCUUCAAGUGCAUAAUGUGCGGGAAGACGUUUGCAACUUCAUCAAAUCGUCAAAGACACCAGAGAACAUACGGGCAUCAGAAGAUCCCCAAGGAGUCAAGUCUGAGUCAAAGUGCUGCAAUGAGCCCAUCCCUUGUGAAAAAAGAACUGGAAGAAAAUCCCAGUUUAGACACUUUGAAAGAUAUCAAGUUGAAAUAUGAAGAGGUCAAUUAUGAAUUUGAAGAAGUGACAGUGAAGAGCGAAGAAGUGAAGGUUAAAUAUGAAGAUUCAACUCCAAAAUCGGACCUUCACAUCGAUGGAAGUAACGUGAAGCAGGAGGAAAAUUCUGACUGUGAGGCAGAGCGAGGCAACUCCCAGCAGUUUGUGGAAGUGGAGGUGUGGGUGGACUUCUGAGACAAGACCAAGUCAAAUGGAAACCCUGUAGAUGUGCAAGCUUGAGACAAUGAAGCUCCAAUAGAUUCAAGUUUGUCACGGGCCUUUAAUUAAAGAAUGUGAAGUUGAACAUUAAAUUCCUAGGUUCAACCUGCAGAGUAAGAGCGGUCAGUAUUUAUGGACCUGUGGGUUUGGUAGAUCUCUAACCAGGAGCGAGAGCCAGUAAGCUCCCAAGCGUUCACUAUGUGAUAAAUUCAUUUAUAUGGUGCUUGCUUAAUCGCCUCAGCAGCUCGGAGUUUUGUAUAAUAACUCAUCACAAACACUCGAAGGGCAUCCCCAAGUGGCAGCUGCCCCUGUGUGGGAUAAGGUGGCCCUGCACCAGCCUGCAUGUGGGCAUGAGUUUGUCAGUAGGGGGCGAUGAUUGAUGUGAACUCUCCAUCAUGUAAUUUUUGGAUACUAUUCGGAAUUACCCAAAUUUUGACAUUGACACCAACAUGUAAUGACCUAUGUGUUUUGAAUGACAGUAUGUUUUACAUCCACUGUUAAGCAGAAAGUGCAUAUUUUGGUUAAUGUUUCUGGAGUAGGUAGGGGUGGCUAUCGGAUUUGAACCUUGAACCUCUGUAAUAAAUAGAGAAUGUGCUACCACUUGGCUUCCCUCAAUCUGAGUGUAGGCAUUCCAACCUUAAUGUUUCGAACGGACGCAGAUAUUCCAUUGAGAGGGGUCCACGUUUCACAUGCCGAAAGAAGGCAGGGCAUGACUGGCUGACAAGACCCAAAGCUUUGUGCCAAGCGACAGACCAGGUAGCUUCCACACAGCAUUGCGCAGCUGAUAAAAAAUUAACCCGUAAAAACAAAGUUUUUCACUAUAAAUCCUUUAUAUGCGUGGCAUCGGUUUUAUUUUAUUAUUCAUUUCUGUUUUUAUUGAGUAAUAGUUUCAUUUUUAUCACAUUGGUAUUUUAAAUUAAAUAUGAAAAAAAAAAUCCAUAAAAAGUGCAAAGUUUUGGAAAAAAAUUUUCACGAAAAUAAAUUGUCACGCAUAACGAGUCUGUGUGCAAAAUGUCAGCUCGAUUGGAUCAUGGGAAGUGGGUUAAAAAACGACCGAAAGAUUUGCACAGUCGUAAGCGCGCAAGCAAGCAAGUGAACUUAAUAUAAAGGAUUUUAAAAGAGAAUGCUGCCCGACUGAUUCGGAUCACCCAUGUACUGUCGACAUGUAUUAUGUACCCACAAUGUACACAUACAAUGUACAUACAGCAUAAACACACAGUCUGCACAUACACAUAGUGUAUACAUAUGUAGUUGCAUAACACUGGCUGCAGACAGAAAAGGGGAUUUGCGGCAUGCGGCAGUCCUGACGUUAGCAGGCCAGGAUAUACACGAGAGGGGGAUCUAAGGGAAAGGUCACAGAAGGGGCACACCAGGAAUCCGCUAGGAGGUUCCAGUCAGUAAGGGGGCCUGGCCGGGACAGCGAGGCUACGCUGACCGUAUAAGAGGGGCCUCUGUGGGGGAGCUCGGGCUGUUGGAGUGAGAUGCCUGUCGUGCUGCUGAAGUCCAUCGUCGCCAUUCUUCUCGUCUUCGCCAUUCUUCUCGUCAUCGUCUCCGUCUCUACCAUCUCGGGGCGCCGCUAGUCAGACAGCCUACCAACUGUCCUGGUUGAGUAGCGUCACCGAUAAGACGGAUUAAAUAUGAAGUGUUAACCCCGAUGGUGCUCGUUAAUAAAGAAGUGCCUCCAAGUC